CUCAAUCGCGUCAUAGUUAACAAACCUCUCUUUCGCGUUCAGGAUUUUUUCUCCAGUUAGUUGUUUAGGUAUAACGAUUCGUUUUGUUCAUUAAAUUAAAAUUUUUCAUUAGGUUUCUAUUAAAUACACCAACACUUAAAAAAUGACUGCUGAGAAAAAAGUUAAAGUUAAGAAACCCAAGGUAAAGAAAACACCAGUCCAAUGUGUACAAGUGUUUGGCCGUAAGAAAACAGCUACAGCCGUAGCUUAUUGCAAAAGUGGUAGUGGCAACAUUAGAGUUAAUGGACGUCCAUUAGACAUGGUUGAACCCAGAGUUCUGCAAUACAAAUUGCAAGAACCUAUUUUAUUGUUGGGAAAAGAUCGUUUCAAUGAAGUUGAUAUGAGAGUUCGUGUUAAUGGUGGUGGACAUGUCGCUCAAAUUUACGCUAUCAGACAAGCAAUUUCUAAAGCUUUAGUUUCUUACUAUCAAAAAUUUGUUGAUGAAGCCAGCAAGAAGGAAAUCAAAGAUAUUUUAAUCCAAUAUGAUAGAACUCUAUUGGUUGCCGAUCCAAGACGUUGUGAACCAAAGAAGUUCGGAGGUCCAGGAGCUCGUGCCAGAUACCAAAAGUCUUACCGUUAACAUUUUUUUUUUUUUUAUAUAUAUUCAUAUAUUGACUUUGAAAAUAUAUGUAAAUUAAAAAAA